CGCAACCUUUUUAAAGCGCGGUGGGGCGCGGGCCGCACGGUGAUCCCCGCUCCCAGGGAGAAGCUCCGCCGGCUCCCCGAGCGGCCGCGCAGGCGAGCGGCCGGGCUGAGGGUCCCCGGCUCCCCGCGGCCUCUGGCGCCCCGGAGGGCCAUGCGCCCGGGUUAGCGCGUUGCCGCCGGGAUGCUGCGCCGGCUGCUGCUCGCUGCACUCUGCCUGGCCGCCCGCCAGGUGCCCGCUUGCCAGCUGCCCUCGGAGUGGAGACCCCUGAGCGAGGGCUGCCGCGCCGAGCUAGCGGAGACCAUUGUGUACGCCAAGGUGCUGGCGCUGCACCCCGAGGUGCCCGGCCUCUACAACUACUUGCCCUGGCAGUAUCACGCCGGCACGGAAGGGCUCUUCUACUCCGCAGAGGUGGAGAUGCUGUGCGACCAGGCGUGGGGCAGCAUGCUGGAGGUGCCCGCUGGCUCCCGGCUCAACCUCACCGGGUUGGGCUACUUCUCCUGCCACUCCCACACGGUGGUCCAGGACUACUCCUACUUCUUCUUCCUCAGGAUGGAUGAAAAUUAUAACCUCUUGCCUCACGGAGUCAAUUUCCAAGAUGCUGUCUUUCCAGACACACAGGAAAACAGAAGGUUGUUUUCCAGCCUUUUCCAGUUUGCUAACUGUUCCCAAGGGCAGCACCUGGUGACUUUCUCCAGUGACUGGGAGAUCCAGGAAGACAACAGGCUCAUGUGCUCCUCGGUGCAGAAGGCGCUGUUUGAGGAGGAGGACCAUGUCAAGAAACUACAGCAGAAGGUGGCCACCCUAGAGAAGCGAAACAAGCAGCUCCGAGAGCGGGUGAAGAAGGUCAAGAGAUCUCUGAGGCAGGCACGGAAGAACAGCCGCCACCUGGAGCUGGUAAACCAAAAACUCACGGAGAAAUUGGCGGGUGCCGGUGCUCCACAGCACAUCAAUGCUCUGGGCCAGGAGCCCGCACGCGCCCCUACCUGCAUGGGUAGCAGGUGCAGGUGACUGCAAGCCCCCUUGUCUGCCCCAGCUGGACUGAGAAUUAAGGCUCUUUCUCUACAUGCACUUAUUUCAAACCUUGUAAGAGACACCUACGCAUUUGUUAGAAUCUAACUGGAUAAAAUGGAAAGUCUUAACUCUCCCAUUGAGUGCUGGCCUCGCUGGCCUCUUGGCUUCAGUCCCUAGGUGCCAUUCCCUUUCUGCCCUACUGUCACACACAGCGCCUGCAAGCCAAAAGCAGUAGAAUACCGGAGCUCUGCACCAUUUAGGGUCUGGCCCUCAGCAUCUGGGGGCAGCCUGGAGAGUGCCAUCAUUGAGGAGGGACUAUUUCAGAACCGCAGUGUACAAGAAGAUAGCAAAGGACUGUGCUUUUAUUUCAGAAGAGAAUCAAUGUGGGUCUGAGCAAACAGCCAGGACAAACAUGCAUUAUAAAGAGGAAGUAAAACUACUUCUGGAAUGUUCUGCCUGCUUUAGAAGCAGGGUGCCUACAUGCAAAUGUGCAGAGCACCCCCACUCCAGUCAGCAUUCCCCUCACAGCCAAGUCAUGUUAAGACUUAAUGAGCUCAUUGUAGGUACGGAAUUGAGUGGGGAGUGGAGGUAAUUAAGCAAGAUGAAUUAUAUCUGUUUUCCAGCCCCAGCCCUCUACAGCUGGCAUGAAGCUUACAGGUUGUUUUAAUCUAGAGAGUAAUUGCUUUUGUGGCACACAUGCUUCAUUAACUUGUGUUUCCAAAUUGGAAUGUAGCUCAGCCACUGCUAAAUUCUAACUUCUGCUUUUGCUCCGUCACUGCUUGCCAUGUCUCUGAAUUCAAGGUUAGUAACCCCAACUCACUGUGAAUGUCUGUUCUGCAGCAAGAUCUUGGGAUAUGGUGAAUUUACCUCAUUCCCAUUCAGGCUCCUAAAAGACUUUUUCCAGGCAUUCCAACCCCAGCUUCUGUGUAAACACACUCCCUCCCCAACAUACACAAACAUUCUCGCUGCCUGGGUUCCUAUCUCUCAAUUCACUUGCCCCCCACAAUAUAGUCUGAUAGAAAUUUUUGCACAACAGUGCACUUUCCUUUAAUCAAUUCCUUAAACAAAAUUUUUUCUUUGGGAAGAAAACUUUUAAGGCAGUUAAAACAGAACCUACUAUAUCCUCCUCAUUGGUAUAUAUGAUCAAGUACCAGCUGUGUUAUUAAGCCAGUUGAGUCAGGCAUGGUGGUGCAUGCCUUUAAUCCCAGCACUUGGGAGGCAGAGGCAGGUAGAGUUCAAGGCCAGCCUGGUGUACAUAGCAAGUUCCAGGGCUACAGGGAGACC